UCAGUCUUAGCAAUUGAAUAUCCUACAGAAAUAAGAUUUAUGAAUGAAACAUGGAAGCCAAAGGUUCUUGUCACCCACACAAAAUUACCUGCUGAAGCUUUACAUUAUUUACGACCAAAAUGUGAGUUGAUAUUUGCAAAGUCAAAUGAUAGAAGUGAAAUAUUAAAAAAGGUAAAAGGUGUGGAUGGACUUUUAUGGGCUUCAUUUGAGAAGUUAGACGCAGAAGUUCUGAACACUGCAGGGACGCAAUUAAAAUCAAUAUCAGUGAAUACUAAUGAACUGGAUAACGUUGAUGUUUUAGAGAUAAAAAGACGAAAUAUUAAAUUAGGCUACACACCAAUUCUGUCUUGGGAGCCAUCUUCGGAGUUGGCAAUUGGAUUAGCCUUAGCAGCAGGAAGAAGAUUUUUUGAAACUCGCUUGAAUUUAGAGAAAAAUGGAUGGGACGACGAACCACAAACUUUUCUGGGUGUUGAAAUUAGAGGCGCACUUAUUGGAAUUGUUGGUUUUGAUGGAGUUGGACAAGCCAUCGCUAAAGACAUUUCUGGAUUUUCACCACAACAAAUUUUGUAUUCGAGUCAUUCCGAAAGUCUUCAAUCAAAAUCAAUUGAAAUCACCGCCAAACUUGUGACUUUUGAUGAAUUGAUAGAAAAAAGUGAUUUCGUAUUUAUUACAGCUUCAUUAAAACGAGAAAUGUUCAAUGCUGACGUGUUUGAGAGAAUGAAGCCAACAAGUGUCUUAAUUAAUGUUGCCCGAGGUGAUGUUGUUGAUCAAGAAGCACUUUAUGAUGCCUUGAAAAAGAAGAAAAUCUUUGCUGCUGGUAUCGACGUGAUGGCACCGGAAAUGAAGUCAAUAAAUGAUCGUUCACUGAUGUCUUUGCCUAAUUGUGUAAUAACUUCAAACAUGAGAACUUCAACAUUAAGAGCAGCUAAGGAAAUGUCAUCGAUUGCCGCAUUGAAUGUUUUAAUGGGUUUGGGAGAUCAACCAAUGUUUUCUCCGAAAUCUUUUGUUAUAAUGUUUGAGAACAUCAAAAGGAAAAAUGAACAUCAACAUAGCUAUGAGAUGUCAGAAAAGUUUCGCAAUGAAGGGAAUUUACAAUUUAAGAAGCAUCAAUUCAAAGAAGCGCUCGUGUUGUAUAACAAAAGCCUGUGUAACUCCGAAAAAACAUUACAACUUGGAUUAGCUUACGGCAAUAGAUCUGCCGUCUACUUUGAACUGAAGUUGUAUGAAAAAUGUUUGGAUAACAUCCGACUUGCUCGUACUAACAACUAUCCGUCUAACAAAAUGAACAAAUUAAUUUCACGUGAGAAUAUUUGUAAAAAGUUAAUACAAAAAGAAAGUCUAAUGAGUCAGCAUGAAGAUAUUUUUAAAAUCUCACAUCCGGUAAACAAGAAAAUUCCUUUCAUAGCUGAUUGUUUGAAAGUUUGUGAAGACGAAGUAUUCGGAAGGUUUGUUGUCACGGAUUCCCAACUUGAUCCUGGUGAUGUCGUAGCAAUCGAAGAACCAUUUUUCAAAUUCAUUAAUGAUGAGUUUUGUCAUCAGCGAUGCUCUAAUUGCUUAACUUCAAAUCAACUGAGUUUGAUUCCUUGCGAGAAUUGCACGACAACAAUGUAUUGUUCGACCAACUGUAAGACUGAUUACGAAGACACAAUCCAUCAAUUUGAAUGUUGUCAGAAACCUCAACCUGAAGUUCUUAAAGUGUGUACAAAAAUGUUGCUGUCAGCAAUCAACAUUGCAGGAGAUUUCGACAAACUUCAAAAGCUUUUAAAAAAUUCUGAACAUUUUACUGUCUUCGAUUUUGACUUGUCUGAUGAAAGAAAGAAGCAGAAUUAUAAAAAUAUCCUUCUAAUCAUCAAUUCAAUGGCAUUGUCGAAAAGUUCAGAAAUAAAUUUGACAGAAAAAAUGAAAUCAAUUUUCCAUUUUCCUCCAUUCAAGUCACUUUGGAAAACUGACAAUGAUCUUGAAUUUUUGAUAAGUUUUUUUGUCAAACUUUUGAGAAUUCAUAACACGAAUGUUCUAGAGAUGGGUGAACAUAAUUUAAUUAAUGAUUCGUAUUGGUACGCAACUCCUAUAGGGAGUGGAUUGUGUCCAUUCAUUUCUUUGAUUAAUCAUAACUGUGAUGCGAACGUUACAAGAACUACUUUAGACAACAAAAUUGUUCUUAUUGUUAAGAAACCAAUUAAAAAAGGAGAACAAAUAUUUAUCAGUUAUGGAUACAGCUCUUGUAGAAUGGCGAAAACAGAACGACAAAUGCAAUUGCAACGCUAUGGUUUUGCAUGCACUUGUGAAGCAUGUGAAAAUGAUUAUCGCCAGCUAUCAGAACUUCCAAAAACUGAUGAAAGCUUUGAAGAGCCAAAGUUCGAUGAGAAGGAAAUUUCACUUGCCUUAAAUGAAUUUAAAAGCAACUGCAGAUAUAUAAAAUAUAACAUUGAUAAGCAUCCUUGCUAUGAAACUUCAUUAAUUUUAGUGCACAAUGAUCAUUUAUUGAACCAAAUCAAGAAAAAAAUAGAAAAUUCAGUCAUGGCUUUACGUUCGUUAUUAAUACCAAUCAGAAAGUUUGAUUUUAAAGGAUGGCGACCGAAAGUGUUAGUUCAAUGUUGGGAUUGCCCAGAAGCAGCUUUAAAUGUGCUGCAUGAAUAUUGCGAUGUAACAAUCUGCGACACAAUUGAACGAGAAGAAACUUUGUCAAAAUGCAAAGGCAUGGAUGGAAUUUUCUGGGUUUACUCAAAGCUUGAUAAAGAAAUUCUUGACACGAUUGGACCUCAGUUAAAGGCAGUUUCAACGUUUUCAAUUGGAAUUGAUCAUAUUGAUGUCAAUGAAUUGAAACGUCGAAAAAUUCCACUUGGAAACACUCAAAAUGUUUUGACUGAUACCGCAGCUGACAUUGCGAUGGGACUUCUCAUUUCUACAAGCAGACGAUUCUUAGAAGGAAGGCAGAAACUUGAAGCUGGCGAAUGGCAAUUAAAGCUGCAAUGGAAUUUAGGAUUCGACAUUAAGGGAUCAACUGUAGGAAUUGUUGGUUUCGGUGCUAUUGGACAAACAGUUGCCAAGCGAUUAACUGGAUUUGAUGUUGGUGAACUUUUGUAUUGUGGCCAUAACAAAAAACCCGAAGCAGAUAAAUUUAAUGCAAAAUUUGUAACAUUUGAUGAAUUGAUAGAAAAAAGUGAUUUUGUAUUCAUCAUUUGUCCAUCAACUACUGAAACACGAAAAAUGUUCAAUGCUGAAGUGUUUGGGAGAAUGAAACCAACAAGUGUCUUAAUUAAUGUUGCACGAGGUGAUGUUGUUGAUCAAGAAGCACUUUAUGAUGCCUUGAAAAAUAAGAAAAUUUUUGCUGCUGGUAUCGAUGUGAUGACACCGGAACCAUUGCCAUCAGAUCAUCCUUUGUUAACAAUACCGAAUUGCACAAUAACGCCUCAUUUAGGUUCAGCGACAGUUGGAACACGCGACUUGAUGGCAAAGCUGGUAGUGACUAAUCUGUUAGCUGCUUUAAAUGACGAACAAAUGCCAUCUCCUGCUUAUUGA